CCCACGCAAUUGGCAAGCAAUGGUGACGUAUGUUGCACAAACCUCCAUUACUACGCGUCGUUCUUCCCCUCUGCCCUUUGCCGAAUGGCCUCCAGAUCAUCAGUUUGCAUAUUGCUCGAAGCCAAUCAGGCUCGGACCCAGCUCCGGUCUCUCCGAGGCUAAGCCUAUGCCUGCCUACCACUGUCACGAAGAGCCUUAUAAAUGUGACAGAGGAGCUGCUAGCUCAACCACUUCACGCUAAAAAUACCGUCUCUUGUGAGCCAGAGAGAUUCUGAUCAGAAGCCGUAUGAAGGUGUAUAGUACUGUUGAAUUAAAAUGGAAGAUUCCGGCACUGAUAAAUCGGAGAUCUGCGUCGACGCUGCCGAAGUAGAUUCAGAAGAAAUGACAGAGGACAUGGAAACCAAGCACAUGUUGGAGCAUGAACCAUCCUUCUCCAACUCGUGCAUUGAAUGCCGGAUAUGCCAGGUCGAGGACUCCAUUGAUGAAAUGGAGUCUCCUUGCCGGUGCAGCGGCACCCUCAAGUUUGCUCACCGAGAUUGUAUCCAGCAAUGGAUCAACUUGAGUUACAAGACCACUUGCGAAAUUUGUAACCAGCCGUAUGAGGGUGGUUAUACACUACCGGUACCGCCCCCAGCGCCACCGCCACGGCAGCCUACCAGGAGGGAGGCCCUGGACACUAUAAGGGCUAGAAGAGCGCAUGUGGCAGUAGACGCAGAGGUAUAUCGCGCUCGACUUAAUGCGGCAAAUAGUGCCAUUUUAGGUCGAAGUUUUGUGUGCCGCAUUGCUCCUGUCAUUGUGAGUCAUCUUAAUUGUUUAAUAAUUAUACACUCAGUUAUAUGCACAAAGCAAAAUGAUAUAUCUGUACACAUGAUAGCUAGCUAUUUUCUUUUGUGUUCUUAUAGGUUAUCUGUUUAUACAUCAUCGUCAUAAUGAGUAACAUAGGCAGCGGGUAACAUAGGCGGCGCCCAUCACUUUCGAAUUGGAUCACCUUCACCUUCACCGUCUCCCUCACCCAAGCCCCUGGUGCUGCUGAUAAUGGUGGAAUUAAGAAAUUGAUUUCUCAUCACUUUCGAAUUGGAUCACCUUCACCUUCACCGUCUCCCUCACCCAAGCCCCUGGUGCUGCUGAUAAUGGUGGAAUUAAGAAAUUGAUUUCUCAUCACUUUCGAAUUGGAUCACC